CAGUCCGUCCAUCACUAGCUCAGUUCAGUUCAAUCAGUGCUCCAAAGUGGAGCCGUGGCGAGGCGAGAGAGCUUUGACCUCUAUAUAAUAUAAAAGUUGAAAUUGGUGACGUAACGUGUUUCUCAUUUGCUCUCCCCGUCUGUCUGGGAGGGGGAGGGGGAGUUCGUGGCCAUUCUCUCUGCAGUCAGUGGCACAGAGUCAAGUGCACCGGAGCACACAAGUGUUGUUGACUUCGAAGAAACAGGAAAUCGCCGCGAUUUGUCCCCAAGCAUAUAUUUUACGACUCGCACUCGUUAAGACGGGAGUCGGAGAUCUAGCCUUUAGCAGACUGUGAAAGACAGAAAGGGAGGACAACUCUCUUAGUUCAAAACGCCUAGUGUACCGUUUUUCUAAUGGAGCCACAUAAUUUCGAUAUCAAGCCAAAUCUACAACAGAUGAAACUGGAACCCGGAACGCAACAGUUUGGCAGUAGUCUUGAUGACAAGGGCCCCAGCUUGCAGCACCUGUCCUCGCUGAACAGCAUGAGCAUCGAGUUGUGCCUGGUGUGCGGCGAUCGGGCUUCCGGUCGACACUAUGGCGCCAUCAGCUGCGAAGGCUGCAAGGGGUUCUUCAAACGGUCCAUCCGAAAACAACUCGGCUACCAAUGUCGGGGGUCAAUGAACUGCGAAGUGACGAAACAUCAUCGCAACAGGUGUCAAUACUGUCGGCUGCAGAAGUGCUUGGCGUGCGGAAUGCGAAGUGAUUCUGUCCAACAUGAGCGCAAACCCAUCAUCGACAAGAAGGAUGGAUCGGCCGGACCCAACCCAAACAGCAAAUACAAUCCCCACCGGAACAAGGAAUAUCACAAUGACCAGAAAGCGAAUACAAACGUUACGCCCUCCUACCUGAACCUGUUCCAGGGAUUCAACCUGGCGGAACUGGCGGUUGCCAAUCUCAGCAAACGAGCCAGUAAAUCACCUCCUGCUCCGUCCCACCUGUCAUCGUCCAGUACCACCACAUCUUCCAACCCAUUCAGUUCGCUGCAUUCCUUCAAGUCUCAGGAAGAUCGUCAACCAACUCCAGCGGAUUCGAUUGCCGCCCUAAUGCAGCUGGGGCCAUCAGCUGCGGCAGCCGUAGCCAUGUCCAGUCUUGGUCCACCACCACCACAGCAACCAUCGUCCCUCGAGCCACCGGAAAUGCCGAACAAACCUACACCACCGUCGACGCACUCACUCCCUAUGGACACGACGGAAGGCGGCAACUCGAUGGAAAAGAACCUCAUCUGCAACUCGUUGGAGUUUAUCCAAAAUCUGGAACACGAAUUGAACAACAGUGUAAACAACAACUAUGGCAUCAAGUCGGAGCUGAACAAUGGCCGAGACGACGAACGGGACGAAGAUUGCCUGAACUUUGACUACGGUAGUUUGGAACUGUCGGAUAAUUGCAUUAGCUUCGAUAUCCAAGUGCCGAACGUGCUACCAAACUAUCUGAGUGCACACUAUGUGUGCGAAACGGGUUCCCGGCUGCUGUUUGCCACCGUACACUGGAUGAAGAAGAACCACCUGUUCUCGAUGUUGAGUGACUCCUUCCAGUCGGAGCUGAUGCGCCAAACCUGGCCGGAACUGUUUAUGAUCGGUCUGGCCCAGAGCAGCGGUCAGCUGUCGUUCAACACGGUGAUGCUGGCCCUGAUCCAGUACAUGAAGAACCUCAUCCUGAACAAAAAAUACGGCAGCGAAAUCAUCAACUAUCUUACCAAGUACAUCCUCCUAAUACAGGAGUUCGUUUCGGAAAUCCAGAAAAUGAACCUCACCGAUCAGGAGUUUGCCUACAUGCGGUUGCUGUGCAUCUUCAAUCCAGACAACAUCCUGCAGGACAACGUGAAAAACCAACACCUGACCAAAAUUCAGGACAUGGUACUGACCAGCUUCCGCGAUUACUACAAACAGAAGCACAGCCGGCUAAUGGCGAGCCGAAGCGAGGAGAACAUCCGCGGUGGUCAGGAUGAAGACGACGAUUACUACGAAUCUAGUCAUCACCAGCAGCAGCGACAGCAGCGGCAAAACCUGGAGCAACGGUUGGUGACGAUACUGAUGAAGCUGCCGACCCUGCGUGCCUUAAAUUCGAAAAAGGACCUCGAGGAUCUCUUCUUCAGCACCCUGAUCGGACAGGUGCAGAUCGAAAGCGUGCUGAUGUACAUCCUGCAGACCAACGAUGGAGCAACUUCGUUCUCCAACCUGGUGCGGAAUUACGCGGCCAGCUCGAUGCCGGCCGGUUCCGGAGGGUCUCACAUGGAUAGCGAUGACUGAGAGUAUUGAUUUCAACCAUUGGCAUUAGUAUGUUUUAACCACCGAGAGAGAAAGGUAGAAUUCACGGCCUAGAAGGAGAGAAAAGAAAAACGAAGAUGGAAACCGUUAUACAGAUCUUAUUGACCUCUUGACUGAUUACAAAAGAAAUGAAAACAAAGAAAACAGCUUGAAUUUUGCUACCAGAAUAUACAGCGUGGCUCCUCCGAAAGCCAAACAUAGAAUCAAAAGUCUCUUCCAAAGUCUGCAUAUUGAAGGUUUUAAAUUACUUACAUGUUGGAAAAAAAAAAGUACCGUAAAAUUGUUUUUUUUUUCUGUAGAAAACAUCUUAGUUCUAUAAGCAGCAUUCAUAUAUUAUACAAGUAUUAAUAAAAAUUCACACGAUCAAACAAAUUAGCACCUAAGCUUAAGUCAAACCCGUUUACUUAAUAGAAGGCAAGUAUGUAUGAUAAUUUGUAAUACCUUCGAACAAUAAGAUGAAAGUUUAGAAGUUUGAAGGAAAGCUAGUAAAACUAAAAAUCAGUGAAAGCAGUGUACCUGUGGAAGGUAGGAACAUUUCUUUGAGAAAUGCCUGUAACAGAAAAGAGAAUCAAAAAAUUUCAGGAUUAAGUCGAGGAAAGGCUUAGGAACUGAUAGCGUAGUAGAUAGUUUAUAUAUUGGACGAAUAAACUUGCAGAUUCGCGUAUA